UAUGGCGUCCGUGGCGUCCGCAAGGUGGUUGAGGGUCAGCUGUGGGCUUUGCGUACCGCUGACGGCUCGGCGGGCAGGUCCCUGUGGACGGACCCCUAGUAGCAGAUUUUAUUCUGGAAGUGCAGCUGUCCCAAAGGUUGAAGGAGCUGAUGUAACAGGGACUGAAGAAGUAGUCAUCCCAAAAAAGAAAACUUGGGAUAAAGUGGCUGUUCUUCAAGCACUUGCAUCCACGGUGCACAGGGAUACCACAGCUGUACCUUAUGCAUUUCAGGAUGAUCCUUACCUCAUACCGACAUCCUCUGUGGAAUCUCAUUCAUUUUUGUUGGCGAAGAAGUCCGGAGAGAAUGCAGCAAAAUUUGUUAUUAAUUCAUAUCCCAAAUAUUUUCAGAAAGACAUAGCUGAGCCUCAUAUACCGUGUUUAAUGCCUGAGUACUUUGAACCUCAGAUUGAAGAAAUAAGUGAGGCUGCUCUGCAGGAACGAAUCAAGCUCAAAAAAGUCAAAGCUUCUGUGGACAUAUUUGAUCAGCUUUUGCAAGCAGGAACCACUGUAUCUCUGGAAACAACUAACAGUCUCUUGGAUUUGUUGUGUUACUAUGGAAACCAAGAACCCUCCACUAAUUAUAAUUUCCAACAACAGGAACAAUCAGAAGAGUUGGAAGAGGGUGAAAAGGGAGAUAACGUGAAGUCUAAGAAGAAGGCUGGUCAUCAGCUUGGAGUUACUUGGAGAGCCCAAAACCAUGCUGAGAGAAUCUUUGCUCUGAUGCCUGAGAAAAAUGCACAUUCUUACUGCACAAUGAUUCGAGGGAUGGUGAAGCACCGAGCUCAUACACAGGCAUUAGGCUUGUACACUGAACUGUUAAACAACAGACUGCGUGCUGAUGUGCACACCUUCAAUUCACUAAUUGAAGCAACAGCAUUGGUGGCGAAUGCGAAAUUUGAAGAAAAGUGGAAUAAUAUAUUGGACCUGCUGAAACAAAUGGUUGCACAGAACGUGAAGCCAAAUCUACAGACUUUUAACACUAUUCUCAAAUGUCUCCGAAGAUUUUAUGCAUUUGGAAAAUUGCCAGCCUUACAGACCUUCCGGGAAAUGAAAGCCAUCGGGAUAGAACCCUCGCUUGCAACAUAUCAUCAUAUUAUUCAGCUGUUUUAUCAACAUGAAAGCCCUUCAAAAGGAUCAUCCCUCAUCAUCUAUGAUAUCAUGGAUGAAAUAACGGGAAAGAAGUUUUCUCCAAAGGACCCCGAUGACGAUAUGUUUUUUCAGUCAGCCAUGAGGGUUUGCUCUUCUCUCAGAGAUCUAGAACUUGCUUACCAGGUCCAUGGCCUUUUAAACACUGGAGACAACCGGAAAUUCAUUGGCCCCGAUCCUCGGCGUAAUUUUUAUUAUUCCAAGUUCUUUAGUUUGCUUUGUCUGAUGGAACAAAUUGAUGUCACCUUGAAGUGGUAUAAGGACCUGAUACCUUCAGUCUUCUUUCCCCAUUCCCAAACAUUAAUAGAUCUUCUCCAAGCAUUAGACGUAGCCAAUCGACUAGAAAUGAUUCCUCAGAUCUGGAAAGAUAGUAAAGAAUAUGGUCAUACUUUUCGCAAUGACCUAAAAGAAGAGAUUCUGAUGCUCAUGGCAAGGGAUCAGCACCCACCAGAGCUGCAGGCGGCAUUUGCUGACUGUGCUGCAGACAUCAAAUCGACUUACGAAAGCCAAGAUGCUAGACAGACUGCUUCAGAGUGGCCAGCCAAUUCUCUGAACUACAUAGCCAUCCUCUUCUUAAGGGCUGGGAGAACCCAGGAAGCCUGGAAAAUGCUGGGGCUUUUCAGGAAACAUAAUAAGAUCCCCAGGAAUGAGUUGCUGAAUGAGUUUAUGGAUAGUGCCAAAGCAUCCAGCAGCCCGGCCCAGGCCAUUGAGGUCAUUAAGCUGGCAAAUUCCUUCAGCCUGCCUAUUUGUGAGGGCCUCACCCAGAGGUUAAUUGCCGACUUCACCCUCAGCCAAGAACAGAAGGAAGCCCUGGGAGACCUAACCACACUGACCAGUGACAGCGAUAGUGAAAGUGAUAGCGAUACCAGCGAAGACAAAUAGAAAGUGUGUGAAUCAGGAGCAGCUAUGACCAAGCCUAGCUGUGAUUACACUGGAUACCUAAGAUGUUAAUAUCUGUAAUAUGAAGAAAACGGUACAGAUUUGGUGAACCUUGAAAUACAGUUGAUACACACUGGCUUGUUUAGGUUAAAUUCCCAGGCUAGCCACCUGUGUGAGGGUUACCACAUGGAGAGAAGCAGUGCCGCUGUUCUCACUUCUAUGGACACAUUGUGGGGUGUGCAGCUCGUUUGAGCACACCUGCGGCAGGCAUCUUGUGAGCUGACGUCAGCGCCAUUUGCCCUCCCCUGCUGUGGACUGUACCCUUUGUUGGCUGAUGCUGUGACAGUGGCCCUUCCUCCAGUUCACAGAAAGAGUCUAAAGGAAGAUUUUGUGCAGUUUCAUCACAUUGAUACGGGGUUAAUAGUAUCCCAAGUUCAGGGAUGUUUGUAUGUGGAACAUGGUGCAUCUGAGAACUGAACAAUCACAGGACUUUAGGCUGCACAGCUGGGAAGGUGAAAGCUGUAAAUAAAUCUUGUGACUGAGGUAUGUGUAUAUGCAUCUGCCUUCUUUCUGCACACCCCAGUCUCCCAGUAGGCUUGGGGCUGACACAGGUGUGUCCUCUCCCCCUUUCUCUGAGCGUGCUGGCACCUUCUUCACGUGUGCUGUGCUUCCAGUGAUCUGAAUGAAGGCUUGUGAAAAGAGGACUCAAGUGUUUCUUAGACAUGACUGCCUGUUGCUGGUUAUCAAAUCAUGUAAGUGUACCUGGUCAUGAUGUAAAGCUGUUUUACUGCUGGUAACAGGACCUGCUGUGAGACAGCAGUCAUUAGUGUGGACGGGUAAGGCAAGGUUUAUCAUUUAGAAUCAUUUAGAUCUUAGUGGAGGAGUGGCAGUAUACCAGAGAAAUGGGCUUAUUUCUUUGCGAUAAGGCAGUGUGUUAGGGCAUGGGAUGCUGAAAUGAAAGGUACGCAGAGGAGGAUGGGAGGUGCUGAAGGAGUCUCCAGCCUGGCUCAGGGAGACUAACCUAUAAAAGAAUGCUGUCUAGCUGACCUGCACAACCAUGGGCUUUAUAAAAGAUUUUAGAAAGGUGAAACCCAAGAACAGUUUUAUAGAGCUCAGAAAGACUUGAGGGACUUCCCUGGUGGUAGAGUGAAUAAGAGUCCACCUGCCAGUGCAGAGAACAUGGGUUUCAUCCCUGGUCCAGAAGAUUCCACAUGCGGCUGAGCAACUAAGCCUGUGCACCACAUACUGAGCCUGUGAGCUGGUGCUAGAGUGGCCGCUGCUAUCCACAACUAGAGAAAAGCCUCCAGCAGCAAAGAACUAGCACACCCCAAAAUUAACCCCAGUUCAGUUCAGUCGCUCAGUCGGUCCGACUCUUUGCGACCCCAUGAAUCGCAGCAUGCCAGGCCUCCCUGUCCAUCACCAACUCCCGGAGUUCACUCAGAUUCAUGUCCAUCGAGUCAGUGAUGCCAUCCAGCCAUCUCAUUCUCUGUCGUCCGCUUCUCCUGCCCCCAAUCCCUCCCAGCAUCAGAGUCUUUUCCAAUGAGUCAACUCUUCGCAUGCCAACAUCCACUGGAUCAUGGAAAAAGCAAGAGUUCCAGAAAAACAUCUAUUUCUGCUUGAUUGACUAUGCCGAAGCCUUCUGACUGUGUGGAUCACAAUAAACUGGAAAAUUCUGAAAGAAAUGGGAAUACCAGACCACCUAACCUGCCUCUUGAGAAAUCUGUAUGCAGGUCAGGAAGCAACAGUUAGAAAUGGACAUGGAACAAGACUGGUUCCAAAUAGAAAAAGGAGUGCGUCAAGGCUGUAUAUUGUCACCCUGCUUAUUUAACUUCUAUGCAGAGUACAUCAUGAGAAACGCUGGACUGGAAGAAGCACAAGAUGGAAUCAAGAUUGCCGGGAGAAAUAUUAAUAACCUCAGAUAUGCAGAUGACACCACCCUUAUGGCAGAAAGUGAAGAGGAACUAAAAAAACCCCAACCCAGGCCUAAACAGUCUACUGGAUUCCCAAAUCAAAGGACAUUAGAUGCCAUGCAGACUUGACUAUAACAAUCAUUAGCUGGUAUCAGUUCAGUUGCUCAGUUGUGUUCACCUCUGCAGCAUGCCAUGGACUGCAGCACACCAGGUUUCCCUGUCCAUUACCAACUCCCGGAGUUUACCCAAACUCAUGUCCACUGAGUUGGUGAUGCCAUCCAACCGUCUCAUCCUCUGUUGUCCCCUUCUCCCACCUUCAAUCUUUCCCAGCAUUGGAGUCUUUUUAGAUGAAUCAGCUCUUCGCAUCAGAUGGCCAAAGUAUUGGAGUUUCAGCUUCAACAUCAGUCCUUCCAAUGAAUACCCAGGACUGAUUUCCUUCAGGAUGGACUGAUUGCGUCUCCUUGCAGUACAAGGGACUCUCAAGAGUCUUCCAACACCACAGUUCAAAAGUAUCAAUUCUUCAGUGCUCAGCCUUUAUAGUCCAACUCUCACAUCCAUACAUGACCACUGGAAAAACCAUAGCCUUGACUAGAUGGACCUUUGUUGGCAAAGUAAUGUCUCUGCUUUUUAAUAGGCUGUCUAGGUUGGUCAUAACUUUCCUGCCAAGGAGUAAGCAUCUUUUAAUUUCAUGGCUGCAGUCACCAUCUGCAGUGAUUUUGGAGCCCCAAAAAAUAAAGUCUGUUUUAUUUGCCAUGAAGUGAUGGGGCCGGAUGCCAUGAUCUUAGUUUUCUGAAUGUUGAGCUUUAAGCCAACUUUUUCACUCUUCUCUUUCAUAAAAAGGCUCUUUAGUUCUUCACUUUCUGCUGUAAGGGUGGUGUCAUCUGCAUAUCUGAGGUUAUUGAUAUUUCUCCUGGCAACCUUGAUCCCAGCUUGUGCAUUUGAUCCCAGCCCAGCGUUUCUCAUGAUGUAUUCUGCAUAUAAGUUAA